GUUUAAGACCAGCGCACCCCUCUAUUGCUACAGAUUGCAAUCACGUCGUUCCUACAGCGAAGACUCUAUAGUUCCGUCAUGGCAUCUGCAACAAAGCUCUAUGACCUCAAAGCCGACUGGAAGAAGGGCCAAUUUGACUUUAGCGACACAAAGGGUAAGGUCGUCUUGAUUGUCAAUACCGCCAGCGCAUGUGGUUUCACACCGCAAUUCGAGGGAUUGGAGAAGGUAUAUCAAAAAUACAAGGAUCAAGGACUCAUGGUUGUCGGCUUUCCUUGCAACCAAUUUGGUGGACAAGACCCCAAAUCGAACGAUGAAAUCACCAGCUUCUGCCAAGUCAAUUACGGCGUCUCCUUCCCAGUCAUGAACAAGGUUGAGGUGAACGGCGACCAUGUUCACCCCGUCUUCCAGCUCCUGAAAGAUGCUCGUCCGGGGCUCUUGGGCAUGACGCGCAUCAAGUGGAACUUUGAGAAGUUCCUGGUGGACAAACAAGGCGAGCCUGUUGCGCGAUACUCGUCAUUGACAAAGCCAGAGUCCAUUGAAGCGGACAUUGAGCGUUUGCUCAAGCAAGACGCACCUGCUGCAAAGGCCUGAGAG